AUGCACCCAGGUGUCCUGGUUGCCUUCCUCUUCUUGAGCUGGACUCAUUGUCGGUCCCUGCCCCUUCCUAAUGGUGAUGAUGAUGAUUUGUCCGAGGAAGACCUCCAGUUUGCAGAGCGCUACCUGAAAUCCUACUACCAUCCUCCGAAUCUCGCGGGAAUCCUGAGGAAGACUUCGGCAAGUUCCAUGGUUGACAGGCUUCGAGAAAUGCAGUCUUUUUUUGGCUUGGAAGUGACUGGCAAACUGGACGAUAACACCUUAGAUAUCAUGAAAAAACCAAGAUGCGGGGUCCCUGAUGUGGGUGAAUACAAUGUUUUCCCUCGAACUCUCAAAUGGACCCAAACAAAUUUAACCUACAGAAUUGUGAAUUACACCCCUGAUAUGACUCAUUCUGAAGUUGAAAAGGCAUUUAAAAAAGCCUUCAAAGUUUGGUCCGAUGUGACACCUCUGAAUUUUACCAGACUUCAUGAUGGCACUGCUGAUAUCAUGAUCUCUUUUGGAACUAAAGAGCAUGGUGACUUCUACCCAUUUGAUGGACCCUCUGGUCUGCUGGCUCACGCUUUUCCUCCUGGACCAAAUUUUGGAGGAGACGCCCAUUUUGAUGAUGAUGAAACCUGGACAAGUAGUUCCAAAGGCUACAACUUGUUUCUUGUUGCUGCCCAUGAGUUUGGCCACUCCUUAGGUCUUGAUCACUCCAAGGACCCGGGUGCACUCAUGUUUCCCAUCUACACCUACACUGGCAAAAGCCACUUUGUGCUUCCAGAUGAUGAUGUACAAGGAAUCCAGUCUCUCUAUGGUAGAAAAUUUUGGGCUCUUAAUGGUUAUGACAUUAUGGAAGGUUAUCCCAAAAAAAUAUCUGAACUGGGAUUUCCAAAAGAGGUUAAGAAGAUAAGUGCAGCUGUUCACUUUGAGGAUACAGGCAAGACGCUCUUCUUCUCAGGAAACCAGGUCUGGAGGUAUGAUGAUACUAAUCAUAUUAUGGAUAAAGACUAUCCCAGACUAAUAGAAGAGGACUUCCCAGGCAUUGGUGAUAAAGUGGAUGCUGUCUACGAGAAAAAUGGUUAUAUCUAUUUUUUCAGUGGACCCAUACAGUUCGAAUACAGCAUCUGGAGCAACCGUAUUGUUCGAGUCAUGCCAACAAAUUCCCUAUUGUGGUGUUAA